AUUUACUUUGGUGUAGGUGUGUGUGUGUGUGUGUGUGCGUUCUUUUUCAAGAGAUUUCCUUCUAGUAGUUAACACCCAUUUUUAUUUGACUUACUUCCUUUGCUUGCUGAAGUGUUGUCUGAGCCUCGCACGUCAUGGGAGUGGGCGGUGCGAUGGGCGUGAUGAGCUGGGUGACACGAAAGUACGGGCGGGUAGUGGUAGCUGGUGUGCUGUCUGCUUCCCUAAUAGUGAACCUCACCCUGCACGCCGGCUCCGCCCUGCAUUACUACUGCAGCAACGAGUGUCUGGAGGCGCUGCUGACGGCACCAAUACUCACCCUGGACCAUGACGCCGUGGUGCACAUUCGUGAGAAUUGGGUGGACCCGCCAGCUCCACGGGACGCCUACAAGCCAUCCUUCCCGUUGGAUGAGCCCCCUUGGACUGCCAAAGGAAGCUGGAGCGAGGCCUACACGAUCAUUAAAAACUAUUUCAAACAGUACGAGGUUCCUGGGACCUUCGUGGAGGUGGGUGCGGCGGACGGUGAGUUUCAAUCCUUGACUCUAUGGGUGGAACAGCAGUUGGGAUUCCGCGGGCUGCUGGUGGAGCCAAACCCACAGGCCUACCAGGCUCUUCGAGCGGCGGGCAGGUCAGCCUACAGCAUCCAAGCGUGUGCCACUCCUGACGAGGGACACAGGAAGGAUAUGCUGUGGAUACGAAACAAUGACGCUGACCUGCCGUCCUUUCUGCGGCAGUUACAGAAAGGAAGCAACAGACUUUGGCGAUACGUCCCUGUUGAGGAUCGUGACCUCGGAAGGACGGUGCCUGUGCAGUGCUUCAACCUGGGCGCCCUCGUGGUGGCCGCCCUGAGGAGUGUCACGGUUGAUCUCCUCGUCGUGUCCACUCACGGAGGGGAGAUAGAUAUCCUCAGGAGCAUCCCGCACCAAAUUAAAGUGAAGGUGCUAGUGGUGGUGGCGCCCAUCGUGACGGGGGAGGACAUGGACGAACUGAGUGCGACGGUGCAUAGGUGGCGUCUUGCACCGGCCCUCACUCGGCACGACAUUAAUAUAUUCGUCCCCCAGGAAAGCAUCACUCAUGCUUAGUGUGUGUGUGUGUGUGUGUGUGUGUGUGCUUUUGCAAAAUAGAUGUGUUUAGCAAUAUUUACCAGUCAAUGCUAGAUAGCUAGGCAAGAAUAAGUAAAUCUAUGGAUUAUUACCAAAGAAUGGAGACGGACGAGUCGAGCAAAAACUUCGAAGCGAGUCAAUGAAUCAAUGCAUUGUGUGUUCAGAGCAAAGACAGUACAGAAGAAAGACUGGAAAGCUUAGCAUUCAACAUAUACAAAACUUUGACGCCAAACAGUUACCAAAUGCCACCGGAAUUUUGUUUUUCGCACGCCAUCUAUCGUCUGGACGAAGCACUAACCCUGAACUGCCAGAUGUAGCCAGUAAUACUAUUAUCAUUACGUGUGUGUGUGUGUGUGUGUGUGUGUGUGUGUGUGUGUGUGUGUGUGGAGGAAAUAUGAAAAAUAAAAAGGGUCAAGUUCCAAAGUUUAUUGCCACAAACCAUAUGAUAAAAAUAAUCUGGGAAAAAAAAAAAAAAAGAUUCAGUGUUAAGAAACGCAUCACUGAAAACAUUUUCAUUCAAAGGUUCAGAGAACAUUAAAAUUAAGAACUGACAAAAGCAGUAUUGAAGGUAAAGUACACAAGAAAACAAACAAAGGGUGUGUUAGUCAUGGCAAAAGGUCAGAAAACACAAAUGAUGAGUGACAACACAGACAUAAGCAUGCUAAUGGUGCCAUGGUAUAACAUACAUAUAUAGCAAUGCUUGUAUAUGGAGUUCAUACCUGCUGUACUUGUAUCACAAAUACCAUUACUUUGACAAUAUUUGCGCCUUUAAUAAACAAUGAAAGCAAAGUGCGUUAACCUUAUGAAGCAAAAGGCAUAUUUUGUUAUGCAACGCAGAUUUACAUCUCCAAUGCAGAAAACAAUAAAGCAGUAGAAGCAGUCAGACACAAGCAUGAAUUAGGUAAAGCAUCUACCAGUCAGUGCAUCAUUACUUGUCACAUCAAAGAAUGCUGGUUAUUAUUAUUAUUAUUAUUAUUAUUAUUAUUAUUAUUAUUAUAUAUUGUUUACAUUAAGCACAAACAAUACUCUAAAGAAAAUACAAGCACAUGCUAAAUUGUUUACACAAAAUAUAAGCAUAACAUGCUAGCAAAACACCAUAAAAUGAUGUCAUAUCUACAUACAUGAUACAGAAUACUUCCAACACCUGAGAAAUUAAAGGAACUUUGUUAAUACAUCUACCUACACACACACA